GUCGCGCCGCGGGUUUCGAUCCACCGAUCCGAUGCUCUGCUUGAUCUCUCGAGAUCAGAGCGUUCAAUCGGCAAGCUCUUGAGAUCGCGAGGAUGCGGUUCGUCGGAGGGUCAACUGGCUAGUCGUGUAAAGUACACUAGAUCGAUGAACAAUUCGAGAGACGACGUGGUACGGUGCAGCGGCUGUGAACGUUUGCCGGGAAGAAGAGCGCGCGGUCGGAUCGUUCGAACGUGACCACUGAGCGCGAGGGCAAGUGGUGGUGCUUCCGGUGUGCAGAGUAAAAUCAAACUUCCGCCGCUCGGGAAAUUGCAUCGCAUUGGUAAAACCAGAGGCCGAGAAACGUCCAAGGUCUCUGUUCGUCGUUAUCGUUACCUAUUUCUGGAGAACGACGUUUCACGCUCGACGGAGGGAACUGCUGUACGUUUCGCGGCGAGUCUAGGAUCGGAAAAAGGCGAUGCGUCCGAUCGUGCUCUGGGCGUUGGUCGCCCUGAUUGGCCGAGCGGAGUGCAAAUGCAGCUUAGCACCGAUCGUGGACGACGAACGCUCGAUCGCCUACGUCUGCACGCACGGCGACCUCAACGACCUCGGGGAGAUAUCCAGCGAGGCCGAUUGGAUCGAGUUCACGGUGUCCAGGUUCCACGUGAUCCCGGACUACGCGUUCUCCCGUUUCUCAAACCUGCGGAGACUAUCCUUCUACAAUUGCCGCGUGAACUUUAUCGCCCCGAACGCGUUCUCCGGUUUGGACGGACUGGAAUGGCUGAUAUUCCACGGCACCGGGAUGCUCGUCGCCAGGACCGCUUGGUUCCUGCCGCUGUCCAACCUGAGACGACUCAUCCUGGACAGAUGCGGCCUGGUCCACGUCGAGCCGGACAUCUUCCGCAUGCUGCCCAGACUGGAGGUCCUCGGUCUGCGCGACAACGAUCUCGACUGCUUGCCGAUCGAAGAUUUCGAGUACUUGAGAACGCUCAAGACCGUACGCAUCGACGGCAAUCCUUGGGACUGCGAGUGCCGAGCGAGGCUCGACGAAUACCUUCGAUCGCGGUCCAUCGUGCAGGAAGUAGAGUGCCGCAGGCAGGUUCAUGUCUGCCGACGGUACCAAUGCAUGACUCCGAUUCGAUUUCCCGUUCUUCCCGCCGUUCUAACUGCACAGAGCACGCACGAUUGGGAGAGGGAACGCGCGGUCAUUCGUGGGAACGAGUUCCAAACGAACGUGUUCACGUCCCUGGACAGGCUCCCGGAUAAGACUGCGUGGAUCGAGAUCUCCGGCUUGACGAUAGACGUUCUGCCGCGGUACGGGUUCUUCCGGUUCGGGAACAGCUUGCAAACGUUGGAUCUGAUCGAUUGUCGCAUCGCUACCAUCGAGAACGAGGCCUUCGCCGGCUUGAACAAAUUGCAACGGUUGUCCCUGGUCGGCAAUCGGUUUCCGGUGUUGGGAUCGGCCUGGUUCCGAAACCUCGUCAAUCUCCAGCAGCUGAUCUUGCAGCGAAACCAGAUCGAGGAGAUAGAGAGAACCGCGCUGUGGCACGUGGGCGGUAGUCUGCGUCAUCUCGACGUUCGGGACAAUCGUCUUCGAUGCAUCGCCGUCGGGGAGCUGGCCGAAUUGAAAAAGCUGGAGAAACUGGACGCUACGGGAAAUCCAUGGCUGUGCGCUUGUCGUAGGAAUCUACAGGAAUUCCUCACGCAGAGGAACGUCGGGUUCGAGAUCAACGCGGGUGGAUGCUACGAGACCGAGAGCGAAAUCCCAGGUGGCACCACCGGAUGGGGACAGCAACAGACGAUCGUGCAGAACGCCACUCUCACUAGCGGGAAAGUGCACUGGACUUCCUUCGAGGACACCCUCCACCAAACGAACGUUUCGGUGAUCGUCAGACCGCCGCCUUCGAUUCCUCCGCCCCAUCGGCCGACGAUCAGCGUGGUGACGCCCCAGCCUCCGGUUUACGCGAGCACUUGCUACCCUGAAGGAACGAUCGACGGUUACAAAACGAUCUAUGUCUGUCGCGCGAUCACCUCGAUAGAAGACGUGAACGCGGUGCCCCGCAACGCGCACACGAUUCGCGUUAUUCUGUCCAACAUCCAGACGAUUCCCGCGCGAUCUUUCGUACUUUUCGACGGCCACUUGACGAGACUAGAGCUUCGAGACUGCGGCAUUCGAACGAUCAAAUCACACGCAUUCGCUGGCCUGUACAACUUGGAGUAUCUGUCGCUCCGCGACAAUCAACUCGAGACCAUCACCGUGGACAUGGUCCAGGACCUCCGUAAUCUACGUCAUCUCGAUCUAUCGCACAACAGUAUACAUCGAAUAUCAAACGAUGCGUUCGACCGGCUACCUUACCUCGUUCAUCUGGACGUCUCCUCGAACGUUAUGAACUGCAUCAGCGUCGAGUACAUGGCCCAACGUUUGCGCUACUUGCACUCCUUGAACGUAGCCGACAACCCUUGGAGCUGCCUGUGCGCCAGGAAGCUGGCCGAGUUCUUGGACGACCGGCGCGUCCAGUACGACGAGAAGUCGUUGCUGUGGAAAGAGGAUUGUUUCGCACAUCCGACCCCGAGGCCAGGGGUCACCAUCAGGCCCACGGUUCCGACGAUCCCGUUCACUACUACUCUCACACCGAUUUCGACGGAGACCGUUACGGGAAACUGCACCGCUCGCGAAGAUCGCGCGGGAAUUCGGUACCAGUGCGCUGGCGGUAAUUUGCUGCUGUUGCAAUCGAUACCGCCAGAGGUGACUGCUAUCGAAUUUUACGACGGUCAUCUCCCGCUAAUCACUUCCGAUUGUUUCUCGAAAUUCGUCAAUCUCCGGGAACUUAUUAUUAGAAAUUCUGGCUUGAUCAACAUCGAGCAGGGCGCGUUCAAUAAUUUGAAACGGUUAGAGAACCUGACGAUCCAGGAUAACCCGUUGGAAACGAUCGAAUCGUCCUGGUUCGUCUUCGAGAAUCUCGACAGGUUAGACUUACGUGGAAACUCGAUCAAGUUCAUCGAACCUGGAUUGUUUCGAUACUUGAAGCGAUUGACUUACUUGAACUUGGAGGGAAACGAUUUGCGAUGCAUCUUCAGUAGCGACUUGAACGAGAUGCCGAACGUUUACGUAGUUCAAUUUUCCGGUAAUCCUUUGAAGUGGCGGUGCAGGGUCGAACUGGAGCAGUUCUUGGAAGCUAGGAAGAUCCGGUUCACGGUGAUCGAGAAUUCCUGCGAAGGAAAGAAGCUGGUAAGAAAUCUUUUGUUGGUGAACAAAACGGACGGCUCUUUCGAUUGUCCAUCGGAUUGUUCGACGGCUACCAGUACGAUAGAUCGUCGUUUCUUCGUUGUAUUUCUCCUGUCGUUGAUAACGCUGGCCUACUAAUUGUUCGCCGAUAUUCGAAUACUUAAUUAAGUAUACAGUACAACGUCAUGUGUUCAUUCGUCACAAAACGCGUUCUGCACCGGUUAGGAGAUUUUUGUUUUUGUACAUAAUACGUAACGUAAUGCGUCAUUAAUGUUCUUAAUCCAAAUUGAAGCGUGAUAAACAUUUUGCAACGCAGAGCUUAGCAAGUUUAACAAUGAUUUAUUAAAUGCGUGUACACAUUUACGUACACGUGCACCGACAUAAAAAUGGUAGCUGCCGAAACCGUGGGACCAGAGCAUCUCUAUAGUACGUACUUUUUUAACUCACUAUUCCUGAUUAGCUACUUGUUAGCGUUACGUGCCAUACUUCGUGCUGUAUUAAAUUGUCGUACGUAUUUGUUGUAAACUAUAUUUUAAAUCGUUCGUUGGGAAACGUUCGUCACACCGGCGAUGUGUCGUCUCGGGUCGUACGUGUGAACAAGUAGAGUCGCGUUCGGAAGAUACAGCGACGGACAGCAGCUAUGGAGAAACGGGGUCUAGGUCGAUGCGGCAUCGAUUAACUUACGCUUAUAGGUAGGUCUUGCGAUUAGCGAUUGCACAAAUAAAUGUAUGUAUAAUUUUAAAAAUUAA